AUGUCUAGACCAUCCGGCUCCUUUUCUGCCCCUCCGCAAGUCCACACUUUUGACGGACUCCUCUCCGACUUUGACGGCACCAUCGUCGACUCAACCGAUGCGAUUGUGAAACACUGGCACAAAAUCGGUGCGGAGUUGGGCGUCGACCCCAAGACCAUUUUGGCCACUUCCCACGGCCGCCGAAGCAUCGACACGAUCCAGUUGUACGACCCGAAGAAGGCCAAUUGGGAGUAUGUCAGCUACAUCGAAGGUCGCAUCCCGAAGGAAUACGGAUCGGACGCGGUCGAGAUUCCCGGGGCGCGGUAUUUCAUGUCAGCGUUGGACGACGCCGGCGCUCGCUGGGGCGUGGUAACCUCUGGAACGCGUGCGCUGGUGGACGGCUGGCUGGGCGUGCUGAACCUCGCCCACCCCAAGGUCCUGGUGGUGGCGGAAGAUGUCGAGCUGGGCAAGCCUGACCCCCGGUGCUAUCUGCUUGGUCGGACGCGCCUGGGUCUGGAGCAUUCCUCGUCUCUGGUAGUUCUGGAGGAUGCGCCGUCGGGCAUCAGGGCUGGUAAGGCGGCCGGGUUCAAAGUCAUUGCGCUCACGACGACCCACUCGCUUGCGCAGCUCCAGGAAGCCGGUGCUGACUGGAUCGUCGAGGAUCUGAGAAGCAUCAGCAUCAAGGGCGUGGUCGAUGGCCAGAUGCAGUUGGAAAUCCGGAACGCUUUCCAAUAA